AUCGCACGGUGCAUCAUCAUCAGCACAGCAGCAGUAGGACACUUUUCGAAUGAGUUGUUGUUGGUUCAAGAUAUUCUAGGUAUACACAUAGGACGGGCUGUAGAAGGCAUGCUGCGACGUCCCAAAGCCACCGAUUCCGAGGAGGACAUUCUCCGUGAGCAGCAUCAGUUGCUGUCAUCAGGCACCUCUCCAUCAGUUGUCAACGUGGUGCGACGUCCUGACAAGCGCCGCGGCGAACAGGGGACACCUGACCCAGAAAACGGAGAGCACAGCCAGAGAGAUGUAGUCACAAUCGAAGAUCUUCCAGAUGACAUGCCCACACUGACACCUGCCCCUCCCAAGAAGUCCUGCUUCAAAAAAGCCCAAGUUCGCUUUGAGGAGGAUGCAGAGGAGAGACUGGACAAACAUGACACUCAUAUCAGUGCGGUCCUCUCCCGGAUUGUGGAGAGAGACACAAGCACUGUACCGGUGUGCCUUCCUACAGUUACCAGUGCUGCUUUUCCUAAAGUCAUGCACCGGUCCCAGGGUGUUUCUCAGGGCAAAAAUACAAUAUCUGGAAGUGGCGGCAGGAAGAGUAUUUUUGCACAUCAGAUCGCUGCCCAGAAAGCCGCGGGAAAACUACAGUCUCACCAAACACCAGUCUCUGUUGUACCCAAUGCACAAUCAACCCAAAGUGCGCAAUCUGCCUCCAGUGUGGGCUUAGCAAGGACAUCUGGAGUGGGUGGUUUGUCAGACGGCCCGGUGCUGGUGUCAGGCCAGGGGCUGCUGGGACAAGGACAAGGGCAGGGGGCCGGGGCCGGGUACGGGGCCGGGGGCCAGGAGGGCCUGAAGAUCCACCAGGAGAACAGGGCCCGACUGGAGGGCAUGAGCCAGCAGGAGAUACUGGAGGAGCAGAGGAGACUGCUAGCACAGCUCGAUCCCAGGCUGGUGAGCUUCGUGAAGGCUCGCAAGGCCCAGAAAACACCCGGGUCUGAUGUGGCUGGACAAGCGCAAUCCAGCGGACAGAGAGGCAGAGGAGACGGGGAAGAGACUCCCUCCUCUGUCCCUGUCCCUGUCCCUGAUCUGGUGAUGGAUGUGAGAGAUGACAGACAGGGGGAGCCACUCCAGGUAGACAUGGAGGAUGAGGAGGAAGAGCUGGUGGAGGAUGAGGAAGAAACACCUGAAGCAACCAAAGACAUCACAGAGGAGGACCUUCCAUUUAAACCACAGAAGGACUGGAUGCAUAUGAGCAAACUGGAGCCUGAGAAACUGGAGUGGACCAAGGACCUGCCCCCACCCAGACGAAAAGGCACUAAGAAGGCCAUGCAGGCCCGGUUUGACUUCGCUGGAAAGCUCAUCCCCCCGACAGAGGACCUGCCCACCCAUCUGGGCCUGCACCACCACGGAGACGAGCCUGAGUUGGCAGGUUACUCUUUGCAAGAGCUCUUCUUGCUGUCUCGCAGUCAGGUGACCCAGCAGCGAAGUCUGGCCCUCAGCACACUGGCUAACAUUAUCACAGAGGCGCGUGUGGGGGCGUAUGCAUCUGUGCUGAAGGGCAGUGUGCUGGCCACCCUGCUGGACGCUGGGCUGCUCUUCCUGCUGCGCUUCUCCCUGGAUGACGGAGUGGAGAGGGUGAUGGCCGCAGCCGCGCAGGCCCUCAGAGCUCUGCUGGUGGCCCCGUAUGAUGAGGAGAGUCUGGAUGGGACGUUCAGCUGGCUGCUGGGCAUGGCGCCAUUUCCCCUGCUGCCCACCGCCCAGGAGGAGGAAGAGGAGGAGGAAGAGGUGGGCGACGAAGGGGGGAUGUUUCGCAAAGAGACACAGGAGGAGAAGGAGGAGAGGAAGUCCGAUCACGAGGUGUCACGGCAGGAUGUCAUCAAGGCUCUGCUGAAGAUGAAGGUGCUGGCGCGGGUGCGCUACAUCCUGGAGGUGGUGCGGCCGGCCCCCAGGGUGGUCAUGGACCUGCUGGAGGUGCUGAUCAGGAUCGCCAGACACUCCAUUACGGCGGCCACUCAGAUUCUAGAAUGUCCGCGGCUAAUGGAGACGGUAAUGUCAGAGUUCCUGCCGACGUCGUGGGCGCCACCCUCCUUACCUGCCCCUACUGCUGCCCCUGCCACCCCUGCUGCUGCCGCCCCUGACUCACUGUACGGCCUGCCCGUAGCCAUGGCCUUCAAGCUGCUCCGCGUACUGGGCACAGCGGGACGUAACGUCUGUGCCAGGCUGCUGCAUGCCCUUGGUGCGAAAGAGCGUCUAUCUCUGCUGCUGGCAGUGGAACCAAGUGAACUGCUCCUUGAGCCAGGGGAAGCAAUUUCCUGUAGCACAGAGGCCUUCAGGAUGUGGGCUGUGGCCGCCAGCUAUGGACAAGCCUGCAAUAUAUACAGUGAUCUGUACCCAGUGCUGAUGAAGGAGCUUCAGUCUUUCCCCCGUCCCGACGCCUCUCCUCCCUCCAACCCAGACCACCUGCUCCCCCUGAGGCUCCAGAGGGCCCAGGCCAUCCUCACACUGCUCACCCAGGUCACGCACACCGCCGGCUGCCACCAGGAGCUGCAGAGCGCCCUCGCCAGUUCUCAGGAGUGUCCUCCGCCUCCUCCCAUCACGUGGGGUCAUGUGACUGGGCUGCAGCCCAUCGUGAUUGGUCAGCUCAAGGGCUGCGUGAAGGGACUGUGUGAGGGGGGCCUAUCAGAGAGCUCCCUCGGCCUACUGCCUGCCUACCUGCUCUAUCUGGGGGCCUUCUACUCGCAGCAGUCUCGACAGUCCUGCUACCAGCCAGUGGCGUGUCUGGAGGAGCUGGAGUCCCUCACUGCAGACGUGCUGCUGCCCCUCAUCUCACACCAGGCACUGCACAGACUGAUGGACAACCUCAAGUCUCAGUCGGCCCUGUGUAACCCGUCCCGCUGCAGACCAGGGCCUGAGACGGUGGCCAGCCUGCCAGGGCUCUCCUGCUGUGGGGAGAGGAGCAGCAGUGCUGGCCUGCUCAGCCCUGGAUCCCCUUUCCCUCUCCUCACCAGCCUUUGCUAUCUGCUGGAUGUCAUCAUAGGCCUUCACAAAGGACUCGCCAAGAAGGUCAGCGCGCUGCUGCUGCUGGACUCUGUGCAGGUGUACCUGCGUAGCUGUGCCCAGGCCAUGCCCGCCAUCACCCACAGCACUGCCUGGCUCCUCAGGCACGAGCACCACCUGCUCUACCUGCUGCUCAGCCUGGCACGCAGAAUGGUUCCAGUUGACCCUGAGGUUGCCAGACAUGCCUCUGUCUUCCACCAGGUGGCGCUGGUGAUGUUGCCAUGGCUACUACCAGGAAGUGAAUACAUGGCCCAUGAUCUCCUCUCCGGCGUUGUCUUCAAUCCAACAUUCAUACCCGAGGGAGCCAGUGGAGGUCCAGAGGCCGCUGCCCUGGCUGAGCUCCAUCUCCAGGAGGGCCCCUCCGUUCCUCCGUCUCCCCCGCUCCUGGGCCCUCUCCUGCGGGACGCCUGCGCCCAGCUCCCCUCCCUACGCGGCUGCUACCUGACCCACCUGGCCCACUCGGAGCCCCAGGUGCUGUCCUCUCGCGACCGCCACCUGGGACGCACGCCCUGGCUGCGCUCCCUCCUCCUCCCCGAGCUCUCCUCGGGCCCCGCCGUGCCGUCCGAUUGGCCCUUCCUGCCGCUCGUCAGCCUGUACGAGCGAAUGGGGCAGGCGGACGGGGGCGGUGUGGAGACGGAGCGUCUGCCGACGGGCUCGCUGGCGUCGGUGGUGCACUGCCUGCAGUGGCUGCUGCUGCUGGAGAGCUGGAGGGAGGGGGCACUGCGGGCCACCGUGCCCCCCGUGGCCAAGCUGGCGCGGCUGGCAUGCGUCUUCCUGGCCUCCAGCGACCUGUUCCUGGAGCCGCCUGUGCAGAGGCUCACCUGGGCACUGCUGGGGGCGCUCACACAGCCACGCAGACUGGCAGCGCUGGACCUGGGUGUGCCACCACCGGGCAUGGCGUCCUUCCACGACCUGUACGUGGCGCUGCUGUGCCAGUACGAGGCGGUGUCCUUUGGGGACGUGCUGUUUGGACGCUUCCUGCUGCUGCCUCUCCAGCGCCGCUACAGCGUCACCAUGCGGCUGGCCGUGUUCGGGGAGCACGUGGGCCUCCUGCGCUCCCUGGGAGUCCCCCUGCAGAAGCUGCCGGCUCCCCUGGAGAGCUACACGUGUCCGCCUGAGGACUCGGUCCCCCUGCUGCGCCUCUAUUUCCGGGCGCUGGUGACGGGCACGCUGCGGAGAGCCUGGUGCCCCACGCUGUACGCGGUGGCCGUGGCCCACGUCAACACAUUCAUCUUCUCCCAGGAGCCCCAGCCCCAGGAGGUUGAGGCGACGCGUCGUGGCCUGUUGAGGAAGACGUAUUACCUGACAGACGAGGUGUUGAGAGGCCACCUGCUGCUCUACCGGCUCCCAGCGCAGCAGAGCGAGCUGGGCUUCCACACGUACCCGCAGCUGCCCCCCCUCCGGGCCCGCUGGCUGGAGAAGGAGCUGAACCUACAGGAGGGAGCUGCCUCCGCCAUCGCUGGUACCGGCGUCACUGUCCCCUCCACAGAGCAGGGCAGCCGGCCCUGACUGUCCCCUAUUGACACACCUGACUGUCCCCGACUGACACACCUGACUGUCCCCGACUGACACCUGUCACACUGCCUCCCCUCUGGGCCCGCCGGCUGGAGCAGGGUGAUGGUUCCGGAACCACUGCCAUCGCUUGGCACCGGUACUGUUUUUGUCACUGUCACCCCCCCACAGAGCAGCCGGGCAGCGGGCCCUGACUGUCCAAACACCUGUCACGCUGACUAUCCCCUUCUGUGUCCAUCCGUCUGUCUGUCACGGGUAGCCGUUUGUCUGAUUGAUACCUGCACAGGAGCCAUAGCAACAGACUUCGACUCGUAGACUCGCUGUGGUGAAGUGGGGAAAAGCUGAUGGAAGAAGCAGUUGGCGAGACGAGAAGACAGAAGAGGAAAUGAUUGGACUUGAAGAGGGGAGGUUAUGGAGUACACCAGAUGAAGUCAGGACUUGAAACAAGCACUUGAGAGAGGGGGAUCUGUGUCAAUGAUGGAGGCAUAAACUGAUUGUUCUUCUUUCCUCUGUGAUUUCCAUUUUCUAAGUAAAGGCUCUAUGUGUAUGUGCGUAUGCA